AUGUCAAAGCUGAUCACCGGCCUCGACAGCCUGCUGAGUGUUCCUGCUCGUCUGGAUGGUGACCGGCUUGUUUAUGACAAUGUCCCAGACUGCUCGGUGCUCACGUGUGGCUGUCUUGUCUCAGAAUCCUUUGCAGUUUGUCUUUCGCAGGAUGGACAUUUGGAUUGUCCUACUUGCAAGCGUGCGGGAAUUGAGAUUCUGGCUCCUGUCGAGCCACUGAGAGAGUUAUACUUACGUAUGCAUGCCCUGAGGUUGGGAGGUCCAGAUGACUCUUUGGCGAGCGAAGAUGCUGUUUCUGAGGCCAGUGAAGAAGUGAAAAGACAAGAGAAACAAGACAAAACGCGACGCAGAAGCUCAUCAAAAAAGAGCACUGGCACGGCUCUGUCUAAUUCUCGGCAGCAACCCGUGCGGCCGAAGCCGAAGACCGCAACCAGCAAAGUAUCCCUUCUCGCGGCGUUCCACGAGGUGUUCACAGAGGUCAACAACGAUGCUGCCGUUAAGGAGGCAGAACGGGUCAAACCGUCCUUCCGCAAAUCCACCGAUACUGGUGUUGGAUUUGUGAAUGAAGGAAAUAAUGUCGAGGAGUGGAUAACCACUAUCAAAGAUUACGGGCCUCAGCCAGACCGCAAGGACUCCACUGGUAUUGAUCCUAUUCAGAUAUCCCAGGGCCCGGAGCCCGAAUUGGUCGUUUCGGAUCCAAUAAGCAUACCGAGAAAGUCCCGUACAAGUUUUUCUUCAAUGGGAAGAGCCUCUAACCUAACCAAGGCCCUGCACAACUCUACCUCGUCCACCUCACCCAUAGACGGAAUCUUCAACAACAGCGCCUCCAGCAAGCCCAAAACCAAGGAGGCUAACAAGGAGCUUCUCUACGCGAAGAAUUUCCCUUUCUACCGAAAAUUGUACCAAUAUCACACGCAUCAGUCCAAAUUUUUCCUCAGGUCUCGCAGCUCGAAGCUGUUCAUCAACACAGGCAUUUCUCCAAACUUAAGGAGGUUUGUGCUCCUCGACGAAAAGCGCUGGGAAGUUUAUCGAAUUGAUCCGCUCAGACCAGAAGAUCCCCCAUUGCUGGAGUCCUGUGGGAAGGACACCGGUGCUUACGGUGCUACGUUCGAAGAACUGCUGCCCAAACCCACCACUGAAGAAGUGUAUGCCAACUCCAAUUCAGACCCUACAACACACAAGGACCUCUUGGAGCGACUUAACAAGUGGGAGCAUCUUUGCUGCAAGAUCUCCAACAAUUUGCUGGUGAUUGCAGGAACGAGGGGUAUAUUGCGGAUCUUCGACCUUAACGACCAUGGAAAACCGUUGUACACGUACUAUUCCAAAUUCCCCAUCAGGUGUAUCGAUAUUAGCGGAAAUGAACGCUUCAUCAGUUUGGGAGUCACUGGAAAGGACAAGUUCUCAGGUUUCGAGCAACCGUUCAUCGUGUUGCUGAGACUGCGAUUUGGGGGACCCAAUGACAAUGACGAGAUGGAAGAAUCUCUAUACGAAGGUUUACUUCGCAACCAAGGCGCUGGCUCUGGCAGUGAGGGAUUUUCCGUGACACCUCUGACAGUCACUCUGCCCUACAGAGAUCCCAUCAACAUUCUGCAAUUCUCGCCAAAUUCCCAGUAUCUCUCGUGUGCCACUGCCAUGGAGUCCAGGUUCAUGAUCAUUUCCAUAGUGGAGCCCACCCGGCCCUCUUUGAUCAUGAAAUCACAGAGAAAGCUGGAUACUUCGCUCGAGAGCGAAGGAAUUACGGAUAUUCAAUUUUUCCCGGAUAACCGGCUCAUGACUCUGACAUCUGUCGCGUUCAACUCAUGUCCUAUCAUUAUAGACACCAAGACGUCCUCGAUCACGGGCCUAGAGGGAGUUGCCCAGCCGGUAAUGCUCGUCCGAGUAGAUGAAGUUGGAUCUACUAUUCACAAGAGUGCUGUGAGUCCUCGUGGUGAUUCUGUGGCCUAUCUCGAUCGCAGCGGAAUAUGCUACCUUAUGGCAUCACCGCGCAUGGACGAUAACGACAAUAAGCGAAUAGUAGUUGUUACUGAGGCUGCCAAUUCUUAUCGCGUUCGUGAGAGUGCUUCAAUGAGAUUUGAUGAGGAUGGUUACAAGCUCUAUAUUCUUGAUCGGAAAGGUGUUCUUCAGAUAGCAGACUUUACAGCUGGAUCUAGAGAAGACCAUUCCAUUUCGCGGACCAAGAUCAUCAACUGA